AUGAUGAUGUAUUACUUGUUUCUUGUACUCACGGUGACUAGUCUAAAGAGUCAUUCAUUUCCUACUGAAGAUAUACGGACAACAUCGAAAGCUGUUUCAGAUCGUUUGAUUGAAUUAGUCACUCAAGGUGCUUUUCGUGGUGUGACAUAUUAUCGUUUGGCAGCUUUAGCUGAUACGAUUGGUCCUCGUCUUUGUGGAAAUGAAUCAUUAACGCAAGCUGUUCAAUGGGUACAAAAUGCAAUGGAAGGCGAAGGUUUAGAAAAUGUUCAUGUUGAAUCAGUCAAAAUACCUCAUUGGGUCCGCGGCGAAGAACGAGCUCAAUUACUUCAACCUCGUCGUGCAAAAUUAUCUAUACUUGGCCUAGGUAAUUCAGUUGGUACAGGUCCAAAAGGCAUCCAAGCAUCUGUACUUGUCGUUCGAUCAUACGAUGAACUAAAUGCUAGAUGUGAUGAAGCUCGUAAUAAGAUUGUUGUCUUCAAUCCACAAUGUGAUUGGCAAGCGCAACCGGUUGGUUGUUACGGCCCUGUUGUUGCUUAUCGUUCAGGUGGUGCAUCGCAUGCCGCGAAAUGUGGAGCAGUAGCAUCGCUUAGUCGAUCAGCUGCAUCGCAUUCAAUUGACUCGCCACAUACCGGUAUGAUGUCAUACGAUCCAGCUUAUCCGAAGAUCCCUGCAGCCUCACUUUCGGUCGAACAUGCUGAUAUGCUCGAACGUUUUCAACGACGAAAUCAAUCUAUUGCGAUAUUUCUUUACAUGGAAGCACAAACACUACCUGAUGUCAUUGGCUAUAAUCUUGUCGCUGAAGUGAAAGGUUCAACAUUACCGAAUGAAACUGUGUUAGUCAGUGGUCAUCUUGAUAGUUGGGAUGUUGGGCAAGGUGCUAUGGAUGACGGAGGUGGUGCAAUGAUUUCUUGGACUGUUUUAUCCUUACUUCAUGCACUUGACAUUCGAGCUAAACGAACCGUUCGUUGUGUACUUUGGUCAUGUGAAGAAUUUGGUGGUAUUGGUGCAGAUCAGUAUUUUACUGCACACGAGAACGAAGUACCGAGUAUGAGCAUUGUGAUGGAAUCAGACAUGGGUGUUUUCCAUCCACUUGGUCUUGAAUUUCAAGGCACGAGCAAAGCACAACAAGUUAUUCAAACCAUAUCUGAACAGUUAGUUUCCAUCAAUGCAAGUCAAGUUGUGACCGGAGGCGGCGGUACCGAUAUUGAUCCAUGGGUAGAACGCGGUGUUCCUGGUGCUUCACUUCGCAAUGAGAAUUAUAAUUAUUUCGCUUAUCAUCAUUCGAACGGUGACAUGAUGAAUGUCUUGAAUUCAACCGAUGUUGAUUUAGCAGCUGCUGUAUGGGCUGUUUAUGCUUAUGCGAUAGCUGAUCUUGAUACUCUUUUACCACGUUAG